AUGUCAAUUUCAGAAAUAUCAGCAGACUGUUCGAUAGAAUAUCAAAUGAAUGAUAUUUUUUAAGAGAAAUCUAAAAUCACUUACGAUGAUGAAAAUUAGCUUGUCACAAUGAGCUAUUGGGGUGAAGGAGCAGCAGGUGUUGUAGAAUUUGUUAACACGCUAAAUAAAUUUAAGGAACUUAAUAAAUUGACCAUGAGAAUAGAAGGAGAUAACAAAAUUGGAUCUAAUGGAUGUAAAACAAUCACAGAAGGAAUCAAACAAUGUGAAAAUCUUACGUCUCUCUCACUUUAUAUUGGACAUGCAAACAAUAUUGGAAAAGAUGGAGCCAAGGAGUUGGCAAAUGGAAUUGCAUAUUGUAAAGACCUUAUUGAAUUCUACUUGACCAUAGAUAGUAAAAAUGAUAUGUCACAAGAUGGCGUUAGGGACUUAAUGAAUGGAAUAUCUUAAUUGCAAAAUUUAGAAGUUUUAGACCUUCAUUUCGGAGUAUUUAAUUGUUUUGGUGUAUAAGGUUCAUAGUCACUUUGUAACGCUCUACAAAGUCUAUAAAAGCUGAAAUAGCUUUCAUUAUAUUUCGAUAGUCUUAAUAACAUUGGGAGUGAAGGAAUGAAAUACAUAGGAGAGGGAAUAAAGAGCUGUAAACUUAUCAAAAGACUUAACAUCCGGGUUUUUGGAAAUUAAAUUGGACCUUAAGGAACAAAAUAUCUUGCUGAUGGAAUUAAAAAUUGUCCUAUAUUAGUUCAGUUAACGUUAUAGAUCGGAUAUGAUAACAAAAUAGGUUAAGAGGGAGCUAUGGCAAUUGGAGAUUGCCUAGGUAGCUUGUUUAAAUUAUAAUAACUAAAGCUGAACAUUGAAAGGUGUAAUCAAAUUCAUUCAUAUGGAGCAGUUGCAAUAGGUAAUGGACUCUAAAAUUGCAAAAAUUUAAAGCACCUUUCUUUUACCAUUGGUUGCUUGAAUAACAUUGGGGAAGAAGGAGCUUUAGGAAUAGGACAUGGGAUUUUUAAUUUAACAAAAUUGAAGACAUUAGAAUUCCUGAUCGAAUACAAUAAUAUUGGGGAAAAAGGAGCUGUUGGAUUAGGAAAAGGAUUAGAAACCCUAAUCAAUCUCUAAAAAUUAGAAUUCACAAUUGGAUAUAGUAACUAUAUUGGGAAUGAAGGAAGCAAAUCAAUAGGGAAUGCAAUUAAAAAAAUGGAUUCACUAAAAAUCCUUAAGUUUAACAUAUUUGGUGAUAAUAGCAUAGAUUAAGAUGGUGUAAAUGAACUCGUAAAUAGUUUUGGGUUUUGUAAAAAUCUAUAGACUUUAUGCUGCAUGAUCUAGGCAGAUAAAGCUACAACCUUCGAUCACAUGAAGACUUCUUUAUCAAAUAUAGAUAAUUGUAAAUUGCUAGAGUUUGUUCUUUUCUAAGUUCCACUUCAAAACCAAAAAGAUUGGAAAAAAAUCUUAUGGAAAUUCAAAAAACUGUAAUCUCUUGUGUACAUGAGAAGAUGA